GCGGGGCGGGCUGGGGCGGUGCGCGCGGAGCCCGUCCCGGUCCCGGCGCUGAGCUCCGGUGCGCAGCAGCUGGUCCCGGUGAGAGCCGGCCCGCGGGGGGAUGCCUGCCGGUGGGGUGUAGAGGAGCGCCCCGGUGCCCCGGGAGGAUGUCGGGGAGCGGCGGAGCGCUGCUGCUGUUGCUGGCCGUGCUGCUCGGCGCUCCGCGGAGUGCGCAACCGGCGGGGGAAGCCGCCUGCCGCUCGGUCCGCGCCGCCUUCCAGGUGCUGCAGCCCGGAGCAAAGUGGGUGCCCGAGAGCCCCGUGCCAGGGUUGGAUCUGCAGGUAUGUGUCCCCAAGGGCUUCACGUGCUGCUCGAGGAAGAUGGAGGAGAAGUACCAAGCGACAGCCCGCAUGAACAUGGAGCAGCUCCUGCAGUCUGCCAGCAUGGAGCUGAAGUUCCUGGUCAUCCAGAACGCUGCUGUUUUCCAAGAAGCCUUUGAAAUUGUAGUACGGCAUGCAAGGAACUUCACCAACAGCAUGUUUAGGACCCACUACCAGAGCAUGGGGCCCAGAGCUCUUAAGUUUGUUGGAGAACUUUUUACUGAUGUCUCGCUGUACAUAUUGGGCUCUGACAUCAGUGUUAAUGACAUGAUAAAUGAAUUUUUUGACAGUUUAUUCCCUUUGGUUUACUCUCACUUGCUUAAUCCCGGCUUCCCCGACUUCUCUGUGGAAAUGACUGAAUGCCUGCGGGCAGCCAGGAGAGACCUCAAAGUCUUUGGUAACUACCCGAAGAUGAUGAUGACGCAAGUGUCCAAGUCGCUGCAGGCCACGCGGGUCUUUUUGCAGGCUCUCAACCUGGGGAUCGAGGUGAUAAACACUACUGACCACUUAAAAUUCAGCAAGGACUGUGGCCGAGCGCUGCUGAAGAUGUGGUACUGCUCACACUGCCAGGGGCUCCUCCUGGCCAAGCCCUGUGCCAGCUACUGCAGCUCGGUGAUGCAGGGAUGCUUGGCAGGCGUCGUAGAGAUUGAUAACCACUGGCGAGAGUACAUCAGGUCACUGGAGGGGCUGACCAAAGGCAUGCGUGGCAUCUAUGACAUGGAGCAUGUCCUCCUGAACCUCUUCUCCCUCGUGCGGGAUGCGAUCGUCCACGUGCAGAAGAACGAAGGAAAGCUCUCAGCAACUAUCAGCCGGUUGUGCGGCCACGCUCAGCAGAGGCAAUAUCGAUCAGCUAAUUACCCUGAAGACCGUUUCGUUGACAAGAAAGUCCUGAAGGUGGCUCGCAUUGAGCAAGAAGAAACCCUGUCAAGCAGGAGGAGGGAACUCAUUACGAAGCUGAAGUCUUAUAGCGGUUUUUACAGCAGCUUGCCAGAGUACAUCUGCAACCACAGCUCCACUGUUCAGAACAACAGUCUUUGCUGGAACGGACAAGAAAUCAUGGAGAGGUACAGUCCUCAAAUGUCAAGGAACGGAGCAAAAGCUCAGCCUGGCAACCACGAGCUGAAGAUAAAAGGUCCCGAGCCAGUGAUCAGCCAGAUUAUUGACAAGCUGAAACACAUCAACCAGCUACUCAAAGGGAUGGCUCUGCCCCGCCGAAAAGCUCCAGGCAAAACCCCAGAGGAGGAGGAGGAAAGUGGGGACUGCGAUGAUGAAGAUGAAUGUGGUGAAGGCUCUGGGAAUGGAGAUCUGCGAGUGAGGAACCAGCUCCGGUUCUUAGCAGAGCUGGCGUACGACCUGGAUAUGGACGACGUCUCCGCAAACAAGCAGCUUCUGAAUCAGCAAAGCAAAGAUGGUGCCAUGAUCCCCAGCGGCGACCCCGGGAGUGCAGCCCCUCGUGUUGGUCCUGCCACUGCCGUCACCCUGGUCCUGCCGCUGCUGCUGGGCCUCCGGCCAUGAGCCGUGCCGGUGGCAUCGCUCUGUGUCUUUCCAUGCCUUUUUUUAAUGAGGAAGACAUUUGGAAUGUCUCCUGAAAUAUAUGCACAUUUCCAAAGACAGGGCAAAGGACUUGAGUCGGUUUUAUAAAAGAAUAUGGCAUCUUCACACAACUCCCUCCCCCAAAAAAGCGUUUGUUCAUGGUAAACUGGUAAAUGCAGUGCUUUUUAAAGAUAAUCUUGUUUAAUAUAAGAAGCUUGAUAUUAAAUUGUGUUUCUCACAGUUUUUGAAGACUGAGGUCUCCCUUGCUCUUAAGUUGAAGACCAUUUUUCAUCUUGAGUUGUUCAAAUGUGCAUGGGGUACAAAACACCUAUGAUUUAUGAAAUACUCUCAGCAAAUAUCAGACCCCUGAUUCUAGUUGACUUAACACAGAUUUUGUCUGUGCUUCAAGCAGUUUUUGUACUUAAUCCAAAUUUGAGGAUCACCCCUAGGAAUCUGGCCAGGCAUAUAAUACAGAGGGUGUGUGAAGGUCAAACACAUGGCAGGAGGAAAGAUGCUGCAGAAGAGGAGGUUGUUGUGGAGAUGUGCUCCCGUGGGCAUGAAGCACACUUGCAUCAUGACAAGUUGCAGGUGGUUUUGCUGCUCGUCUCUCAGCCAGGUCCUGCAAAGCCCUCCAGUGCAGACAGCCAGUCCCCUCCAGCAUCCCCGUGGCCCAUGCAAUGCCGUGGUUUUAUUCGUCAAAGGAGAAGCACCUCCGUUCCCACGGGAAAUCUGCAAACACAGCUCCAGCCAAAGGACAGACAGCGUGGAUGUACACGCCGUGCUUUACAGAGAUGAAUAACGGGCGUGCAACACAUUGUGCUACGAGGGAGGAAAAGAAAAGGAUUUGCAGGAGCCUGAGGCAGAUGAGACUCUUACUCAUGUGUUUCUUUGCAUGUUACUUUACUUAAGCUAUCUCUAAAAUAAAGAUAGGUUGCUCUCUAAA